CAGCCGCAGGGGCGAGGAGGGGAGCUGGCCAGAGAGAGAAGAGACGGAGAGCCAUCCGCCGCUGUGCCUGUUGACAGUCAGCCCAGCCUCUGGUCGGGAUCUGUUGUGGAGGGAUCGAGGCGGAGGAGGAGAGGCUCGGGGGAGCCCAUCGCAUCUUCCACUCCGCCGGGAACGAGGACCAGGGGAUUUGGAAGAUUGCGCUUUGAAUGGUUGACAGGUAAACUCCAAGAGCUGAGCAGGAGUCAUGUCGGUACCAUUCAGAAAAGAACUGGAGAAAUACAAGAACAUCAACGAAGAUGAAAUUCUCAACAAACUUUCAGAGGAUGAACUGAAACAGCUGGAGAGUGUUCUCGAUGACUUGGAUCCAGAGAAUGCGCUUCUUCCAGCAGGUUUCCGACAGAAGGAUCAGACCAGUAAAACCACCACAGGACCAUUUGACCGGGAACGGCUGCUGUCCUACUUGGAGAAGCAAGCCUUGGAGCACAAAGACAGGGAGGACUGUGUGCCCUUCACAGGGGAAAAGAAAGGGAAAGUGUUUGUCCCUAAAGACAGACCCAUAGAAACGCAUACGGAAGAGAAGGUGACAUUGGAUCCAGAAUUAGAAGAAGCCCUGGCCAGUGCUUCAGAUACAGAGCUGUAUGACCUAGCAGCUGUUCUUGGAGUACACAACUUGGUCAACAACCCCAAGUUUGAUGAAGGAGCCACCAGUAAAGAUGGCAAAGGGAUCGUGAAAAACAUAGUCAAGGGUGAAAAAGUCAAGCCAAUUUUUGAGGAACCACCCAACCCUACAAAUGUCGAAGCCACUUUACAAAGGAUUAAGGCAAACGAUCCUACUCUCCUGGAAGUGAACCUGAAUAACAUCAAGAAUAUUCCAAUUCCAACUUUGAAAGAACUUGCAAAAGCAAUGGAAACCAAUGCACAUGUGACGAAAUUCAGCCUGGCAGCUACUCGGAGCAAUGACCCUGUCGCCAUUGCUUUUGCUGAUAUGUUAAAAGUGAACAAGACCCUGAAAAGCCUAAAUAUAGAAUCCAAUUUUAUUACCGGAACAGGCAUCCUUGCCUUGAUCGAUGCACUGAAAGGGAAUGAAACACUGACAGAGAUUAAAAUUGACAACCAGAGGCAACAGCUUGGGACAGCAGUAGAGAUGGAGAUUGCUCAGAUGCUGGAAGAGAACUCGCAGAUUCUCAAAUUUGGGUACCAGUUUACUAAACAAGGUCCAAGGACAAGGGUGGCUGCAGCCAUCACUAAAAACAAUGACCUCGUUCGCAAGAAGCGAGUAGAAGGAGACCGCCACUAGUCUUGCCUAAGAAGACAUGGCCAAGCUACCUGUCAAAGAGUUCUGUUCCAUCCACGAGCCGAGAAAAUCCACUGGUCUUAAGGGGAGACACUGGAAAGUCUUUAGAAUGAGGCUACUCAUGUUCCGUUACGCUCACCCCUGCCCUUAUAUUUUCAAUGGAAUAGUCCAGGCUGAUUUUCUUUUCUUUUUUCAAAGACAUAUUUUUCGAAUCAGUUAUGUAAAGCCAACAUGCAUACAUAUGGCUUCUUAUAAAACCUCUAAAAUUACUCUGGUCCAAUGGUUAUGGACCUAGAACAGGAUCCUUUUGUGGUCAGACCCUACUAAUGCUCCAGUCCAAAUUUUACUUGCACAAAUAAGAAAAAUUCCCUGCAAUGCAUUCUUUUUGUGAUGCAGUUCUAUAUCAGUUGUUCCAAUUUGGGAAAUAUAUCCUCAUGCUCUGAAUUCAGGUCACUCAGAACUCUGGGGCAGGUCCUAGCAUAGGUACCCAAAUUGAUAUUCCUUUGCUAAUGAAUGAGAAUCACAAACCCAAUCGGUGAAACAAAUGGGACUUGGGGAUGACUAUGUUUUGUGUGUUUCUCAGUCUUAUAUUCCAUCAUUCCAUCCUGCUGCAAAGUAGGGAUAGAUCCACUUUGUGUCCACUAUACUGAUCACUUUAUAUGUGAGUCUUUGUACACAGCACGGAGUUGUAAGUGACAAAGAGGUCAUGUUAAGACACUUUGAGGCAGGGCCAUUUUUCUACCAGCAGCCUUCCUUUACCAAAUAGGUCAGGCUUUGAUAUCCAGACUACAAUGUGCCAUAGAGAUCCACUGCCGGGAAGAGUUUGCUGAGCAAAGCGCAUGAGAUGAAUCACAUAAUGACUUGGUUCAGUCGGCACAUCAGAGCAUAAUUAUGAUUUGCACACAUAUGGCUGAUUGGUAAAUGACUAGGUUCAAAUAUCAGCCCAAAUCAUAGCUUGGUGUGAUCUGAAUUGAGAUGGAAACAUACAUGGCGUAGGGUUGGCCGUAGCUAUCCUUCCAGCCUAGAAGUCAUGGACUUGAGCACAAGAAAAAAAGAAACACUUCCACUAAAUCAACUGAGGAGAGACUGAGCUUUUCCAUGUUCGUACCACCAAACGUCCUGUGAAUUCAUUGGUGCAGUCUGAGUUAUCCUUGUGAGUGCUGUCGAAUCCUAACUGUUUACAUGUGUUAAGUUAGACCAACCAGCUUCUCAAUGUGUUGUCCUGUUGGGUGACAUCAUGUAACCAACACGAGUGUUGCCAAACUUAAACUAGCUUCAAGCCACGUAGUUAAAAAAUAUAAACAAAUAAACAUGUUUUUUU